GUUACCCGACAAGCCCCGGGAUACUACUCGUUGGGAGGCAGAGUAGGCGGUGAAGGCGACCUGGCAGAGAGGUGCAGCCACGUCGUCGGGGACGCGGGCGGCACUCAUGAAUGUACAUCUUUGAACUAUGCAGGCCACUGCAGUGGUGGAAACAGAUUCUGAUAAAAAAUACCAUAAAAAUGGAGGAAACCUCCAAAAAGAUAAACCUUAUAAUAAUCUUAAGAAAGAAAGUGUGUUCAAUGGUUGCAACGAAGUCAAAUUGACUUUUCCUGAUGGUGAAUGGGAUUCCUUGGCAGCAGAACAAAGAGCUAGUGACAAAGAAAUCAGCAGUAUUGACAAGACAGAUUUAUCAGAACCAUCUUUUUCAGUAAAUCAAGAAACUAAUGUAGAGAAGAUUUUCUCUCAGUCAAGUGAAUUUGAAGACAGUAUUGACUAUGCUCUUUUGAAUGAGACAUACUCUAUACAUUGCUCAGAAUCAAAACUCAAGAAUGAAAAUCUUCCACAUUUAUAUUCAGAAUUACGUCCUGAAGUGCACAAAAAAGUGGAGGCAUUGUUUGACAUUGUAGGGCCUCAAGAUAAUAAUCGUGUUGGCUUGGAAAGGAGCCAUGAGAUUUCCGGUGGAGCUUGUGGAGACGCGCAGAAGAGUGUCAUGGGUGAUGAUUCGCAGCAGGAGUAUCACAGUGCAGAGCAGGAGUGCAUAAGCACAUACUUGCCUCCCGACCCAGCUAAAACAGCAAGCACAUCCAGCCUGGAUGUUAGUGAGUUGAAACCGUCCGGCUGUGGCAUUAAACGUGUUGGCAAUUUGGAAGAUAACCAUGUUAAAUUAGAGAGUGGCCCUAGCGCCUCUUUGGAGGCACUUAGUGUCUUUGCACAAGAAUGUUCACCUCAUGCCUCUACAUCUCAGAGUUCUGAUAUGUUAAGAGAAUACCAUCAACCCAAAUUUGAGAAGUGUAAAGAACAAGAGGCUGGUUUACUGACCCGUAAAGUGUUUGAGGACAUUUUACAGAGAAGCAGCUCUCCCUUAAACCCUCAGAAAGUACCCCAAACUACAAUGUUUGCUAAAGAAGUGAAAUCUCAGACAAUUGAAAGGAAAGAUUUUUGUGGAAGUAGAGUUUUCCAGAAUAAAACAUUACAGCGCCCUGAGAACCCUAUCUCGUUUCCCCAAGACCAAGCCCCUGAGACACAGUUGAAGGCUAAUAACACUCACCAGACUUCUGGGGCUUCUAUUUUUGAUGACUCAGUCAUUUCUCUCUGUGGCUCUUUGCAAUACAAAAGCCUGCCUGAACCAGGCUUUUUUUCUCCUGUGCUACCAAGGGUAGCAGUCACAGAUAACCAGGCAGAAGUAGAGGACAGCUGCAUACACUAUGUAAAAAGCGGUGCCACAAAUAAAACAUGCUCUCCUGAUGUGAAAGAAGGGUGUCUUAAGUCCGUGCCAGAUGCAGCGAGCUGUCUGUGUACAGUUCCGCAGACACUGGAUGUGAGCAGAGGAACAAACGCAAAAUCUUCUGUAGUGUCUACCUCAAGCAACACAGAGAUAACGAUGAAAAGACAUCAGCCUGAUGUGUGGCAAAGUGAGAAACAAAGUGUCGCUUGUAACACAGACUGGUCAUGUGGACAGGAUUGCAGAGAUACACAGGUGCCUGUACCCAAAGAAUCAGGAAGGUCACUCCUAACUGACUGUUUAAAUUCCCGGAAUGAGAAUUCCUUGGAAUUAAGAAAGACAUCUGAUACCACAGACAGAAAGAAACGUCCUGAGAGGGCAUUUCAGCUUUGUGAAGAGAUGACUUUGCCGUCAAAGUGCUGUGAGAAGACUGUCGAGAGGGCCAUGAAGGCAGAGAUGCACCUUUUGGACGUCUGCUAUCAGAUGUGCCGACGCCACUGUUGUCACAUUCACAAGCUUGUCAUGGAAAGUAGAGCAGGAUUCAAUAGGAAUUUACCAAGCAAUUCUGCUAAGAAGGAAUUAGGAUCAACACUGCUAUCUGUUUUGGGAGACUUGAAAGUUAGGUACAUGAACUUGAAAGAAAAAGUCCACAAGGGCAUACCACUGGAAGAGCUGCCUCCACUCUCAAUGGAGUCCAAACUGUUAGCCGCUUUCUCCGAUUUUGCUUCCGGGCUAAUGGAAGAGGAAGCAUGUGGCCUUUCAGGAGCAAAUUCUGAGCUGGAUAAUCAAAGUGUACCUGAUGUAGAUACGUCUCCGAGCCUACAAAAGACAUUGUCCCAGAUGUCUUUUGUAUCCGACAAUAGUCAUCUUAAACAAGAUAAAUCACCCAUGAAUGAUGGAUCUAAAAAUGGUGAUAUAAACAUAGACUUUACUCAGCUGAAGCUCGAUGAUAAAGACUACAAAAGCGUUCGUGAAGUCAGUGAAGACUGGUUUGAUGCAACAGAGAGGCUGACUGGAAUUGACUUCUCGGGGACUCAAGAAAGUGGAACAGAACACGACGGGUGGAGCCCAAAGAGUCCCUUAGAAAUGAAGAAUGGUGAACUGCUUCGAAGAAGUAAAGGCUUUUUGAUACACGUUGGUGGUCUUUGCCCUUCUGUAUCUGAGGCUGAUUUAAGGUCUCAUUUCCAAAAAUACCAAGUUUCUGAAAUUUCAAUUUAUGAUUCUACCAACUAUAGAUAUGCAUCUCUUGCUUUUACAAAAAACAGUAAUGCAAAGAUGGCUGUGCAGGAAAUGAAUGGUAUAGAAAUCAAUGGAAAAUCAGUGAAUGUGCGGCUUGUGAAAAUUCCUGGAGAACACACACCACCACCUUUGUCCAAAAAUGGGAAUAGCACUAGUGUGCAUCAUUUGGAGAAAAUGACCAACAAAGAAGGCGCCUUUGCUUCUUCCACUUGUCGACUGCCCCGAGCUAGACCAAGGCAGCCGGAGUCUGAGCAGGACAGUGAGUUUCCUCCCUUGGAGCAGGGUGUCAAGAAAAACUGUAACCAGAUUGAAUCUGCUCGAUUAUUACCUGAGACACCUGUUCCAUUCAUACCUCCAAAUACAUUGAACCUUCGUAGCUUCACCAAGAUCAUGAAGAAGCUGGCUGAGCUGCAUCCAGAAAUCAGCAGAGACCACAUUAUAGAGGCUCUUCAGGAAGUGAGGAUAAAUCAUAAAGGUUUUCUGAAUGGUUUGUCCAUCAAUACCAUUAUCAAAAUGACUUCAUCUUUUCUGAGAAACUCUGCUUCCCGCUAGGAAAAAAAGAAGCAAUACAGAGAAAAUCCUCAGAAAGUACAAAUACCCUUCAUCAGAGAAUGUUCUACAGCACUUAGGAAAAAGUUGUGGUAAUACAAUCAAACAGCCUCUAUAAUUGGACCUAACACUUUAAAUAUUCUUUUUGAUAGUCCUUUAAAAUCUAGCAACAACAACUAUAUCUAUAGUAUUAAAAUAUGCAUGUUUUAUUAAGUGUAUAAAAUUUACUUCAAAAUUAUUACUCAAGAUUUCAAGCUGUAUAUUUUGAAUUAGAAAAAAAUGUGGUCAUGUUCUUUUAUAAAUCAUCACUAAUAAGUCCAUUUAAAAAAUACUGUCUAGAAUAAAGUUUACUGUUUCAAAGUUCAUUGCAUAAUUCUAUCUGUAAAUAUGGGAUUGUCAGGAGCUCGAAUUGUAGUUUCAGCUCUUAAGACUCAGAUUGGACCGUAGGGUACAGAUAAGCUGAACUCAGUAUGAGCAGAGAUACAUACUGCUCGUGAUGCAUUAGUGUGCUUUGACGACAGAAUAAAGCUUUUGGAUGUGUUUUCCCAGGUGUGCUGUGGCAAAGUCCUGAAAUUGAAAAGGUCACCAUAUUCUGGCCUGUGGUUACUAAGUUCUGUUGUACUAGAGUAUAAAUUGAAACAGUUUUCAAAGGCUAAUGUGGUUCCCUGUCUUCUAGCACUAUGGAAGUAAAGUUAACCCUGUUUGCUUUCUAAUAGUAGCUAAUGCACUGGUUAAAGCCGCAUUUGUACUGAUAAUAAUAACCUUAACAUUUAGAACUUUUCAAAUGUUUAAACUGUUUCUAUCCAAUACUGCAUUGUUGUUGCUUGAUUAAAAAUUAUGCAUUAAGCAUUUGCUUGAUGACCUUGUGUUUAAUAAAGGUAGUCAGUCUAUAGUUCCA